GGUUGCGGCCUGUCUGUGAAUGGAAAAUUUCGCGUAUGUACUGAACGCACAAUGCUAGCGAUGCCCGAAACAGCACUGGGCCUUUUUCCUGAUGUCGGAGGAUCAUACUUUCUUUCUAGGCUGAAGCACAAUCUUGGCAACUAUUUGGCGCUAACCGGCUACCGGUUACAAGGUGCUGACGCAUUGCACGCUGGGCUAGCAACGCACUAUGUGCCAUCUUCAAAAUUAGAAGAAUUGCAAAAGAAACUUGUCUCCCUGGAUGAUGUUACAGAAAAGACUGUAGAAGCAGCAAUCCGCGAACUUCAACCGUCUUCUAUUCCCAAGUUCUCUCUUGAGGAGCAACUGCCGGUGAUUGAGAAAACCUUCCAAGCGAGUGCGCUGAACCCUGUCAAACGAGGUCUUGAUCUAUUAACUGUUGAAGAGAUCUUAGAAAAUUUGAAGAAGGAAAACUCUGACUGGUCUAAAAAGCAAGUUGCGACACUGUCGAAAAUGAGUCCAACUUCCAUGAAAGUCACUUUGAAACAACUGCAAAAUGGUGCUAAUAUGAAGUUCAAUGAGGUGUUUACGAUGGAAUACCAGCUCACACAGCGCUGCCUCGAGGACCAUGAUUUCUAUGAGGGUUGCCGAGCAAUCCUUAUCGACAAAGAUAGAAACCCCAAGUGGAAGCCUGCUACAUUGGAAGAGGUCACUGAUGAAAAAGUUGCAUGGUACUUCUCACCAUUAGGGGAAGGCCGCGACAUAGACGUGACUCGCCCAGACGCGAAACUUUGA